GAACAGUUAUCGCGUGAGGAGAUUGCCGAUGAAGUACAGGAUUUGGAAAACGAACUUGAAGAGCUUCAGGCUGCACAUGCAGAGGAAUUGGAUUCCGUAAAAUCUAAAUUUGAUCAUCAAUUGAAAUCGCUUCGAGACCGCCUGGAACAUGAAGAGAAUAGACGAAAAAAAGCGCAUGAAGAGCUUCAAACGUUGAAGGUUACUUAUUUUAUGAUUUAG